AUUAGAUACCUGCAAUUAGACACCUACCUCAUUCGCACGGCUCAUUCACACGUCGAUUACAUGAUUAAUAGGCGCGCGGAGAACCAAUCAGAACGGAGAAUGUUGUUAGACGUACGAUUUACAAUGUAAUAUAGACAGUGCAGUUGACAGACGACAACGCAUGUUUAAACCCAAGGGUGUCUGUAUAAACAGGAUUGUUUACACUGUGUAACAAUUAAGAAAGUCCUUAAUGAAAUGCGGUUGUAAUUCAAAUUCAGCGAAUGUCAAUCUAGGAAUAAUUCAGUUUGAGAAGGCGAAAGGCAAUUCAAAAUAGCUAUUGCUAGCUCGUUUCUUGAGUUUAAGCUCAGAUCUGAUUAGGGACUGAAUAUCGAAAACCUUGUUGUUUACCGUGCAUCGAGGAUAUUAAAAAAACAUGUAUAUUCACAGCCUCCUUCAAAGCUGUCUAAGCCAAUUAAAACUGGCAAAACAUUACCAUAACAAAAUGUACAGAACGACUAAAUUUAAUUUGGUGACGCAAGACAGAGUUUUAAAUAAUGCAAAGUGCGCGACUACAAUUACAUCUGUUCAGUUGCCGGUUGAGGUGUACUUGAAACUUAGCGAUUCAAAGUGAAUUAUCUCAGACCUGGCGUCGGUUUUCGAGUGAUACUUUAAAAUUUCGCUGCCAUGGGAAAAACGGAGUCUUGGUUUUGGUAUUUUGCGUGGUUUAUUACCGCCGUAGCAGUUGUUGGAAAUGCCCUGGUAAUCUUCUUGAUAACAACGAAACAUCACCUCCAAAAGAAACCAAACUGGUUUAUUUUGUCGCUUGCAAUUGCCGAUCUUUUUGUUGGGUUCACGUUCAUACCUCCUUUUUACGCGUGCUGGAAAUGGUUUCCUUGUAGCAAAGACGUUUGGUUUGUGCGUCAAACAAUCAAGUGGACCUUUCUUUACGUGUCUGUAAGCAACCUUUUUACUUUGACUUUGGAUCGUUACAUCGCCCUGACCUCACCACUGAGACAUAAAUGGCUUGUGACACCAACGCGUAUUGCCCUUUCGGUCAUUACCGCUUGGAUUGUACCGGUAAUAAGUCGAGUGUGCAUCUUUGCUCCGGUGCAUUUCAGUAGCGAAGCAACGGCCUCCAAAUAUCUUGUCCCGGUUUUUCUGGUGAUGUUUGAGUUGGUUCCAUGCAUUCUACUUUCUUGCUUCACAUUUCACAUGGUGUAUAUUGUUCGAAAAAGACGACAGUCAUCUAGAACUAUUGAAGAUUCGUCUAGAGAACUAAGAUCACUAAAUUUACGAAUCCAUAUCCGAGACGAUGGACGCGCAAACUACAACAUCAGAAUUGUAGUGUCUGUUGUGGGAUUGUUCAUUCUGUGUUAUUCACUGGACAUAUACAUCUGUUUUUGUGAUAUUUUCAGUUUGUCUAAAAUAUCCCGGCAGUUAUGGUAUGUUCGGCAUCUUUUAUUGGUCACAAAUUCUGCCCUGAACCCAAUAGCUUAUGCUUUACUUAAGAGAGACAUUAGACAAGCGAUUUUAGCACUUGGACGGGUCCACUCAAACACUAGAGUUACCCCUUCUACUGAAAACAGAGAGCUACAUUUUAUUUAAUUAAGGUUUUGACAGUUUUCUGUUCUGCGUUGGGUAGUAGGGUUCUUCAAAAAUUGCUACACUCUUUUUCUUGUUUCUAUGAAAAUAUUCUUUUUCCUGCCGAGGCUGAAAAUUCUUAUUUCUCUGCUGAUUUUAGGCUGAAAAUAAUCUUGUGAAUAUUCCUCGAUUAUGGCGUAUGGCAUUUCUAUCUUCGAAUGCAUUGGUGGCUGAAUGCUGUUAAAGUAAUUUUGGAGCCAGCCUGCAGGCAUCGAAGUCUGAUAUGAUGUACAGAACUUCUUGCAGAAAUGUUAUUACAUGUAGAAUCGAACAUACGGCUAAUGCUGUUUUUGUUGGUUUUUGGCUAGUUUUGCCGUUUAGAGAAAGGAAGAAUUUUAAACAGUUUCGUAAAAAAGAUAUUAUUGUACUUG